AUGCUAACCGAUAUCCAAGAUGCCUAUGGGCACCUGCUUUCAGAUUAUCAUAACGGUCAAGAAAACGUCGAAGUUGUGGAGAGAGAAGAUGGAUUCAUUGAUGUAAGCCGCCUGGGACCUUUCAACUAUUUCGCUGAAUAUGAGGACUGGGCUGAACAUCAAAGACUCGCAAUAGCGCAUGCCACAGGACGCGUCUUGGAUAUUGGCUGUGGCGUAGGACGGCACUGUCUCUAUCUUCAAGAACAGGGACACGAUGUUUUAGGAACGGACAUCUCACCGUUAGCCAUCCAGACGUGCCAAAGCCGCGGACUCAAAAAUGCUGUUGUCGCACCCAUAACGCAAUUAAGCUCUAAAAUCGGUACCUUUGACACGAUUCUCAUGAUGGGACACAAUUUCGGGCUCGUUGGAAGUUAUAAAAGAGCAAAAUGGCUACUGAAACGCUUCGCUGCCAUGACAACAGAUACCGCAAAAAUUAUCGCCGAAACAAUGGACCCCUAUCAAACAACAGAACCGGGGCACCUCGCUUAUCAUCAAUUUAACCGAGAUCGGGGACGAAUGAGCGGGCAACUGCGACUGCGAAUCCGUUACCGACAAUAUACUACACCAUGGUUCGAUUACCUGUUUGUUUCAAAGACGGAGAUAGAGGACAUCCUUGACGGAACAGCAUGGCGGAUCGAACGCUACAUUGACGCAGCCGAUACACCGACUUAUGUCGCAAUUCUAUCCAAAUGUAUGCACUCCUGA